AUGGCGAGCGGAAUGACCGGGGGGCUGGGGUUGGGUGCUGGUCGGAUGAUGGCGGCGGUCCGGAUGGCAUCUGGUAGUACUGCUGCCGGAGGAGCAAACGGUAGCAAGCGCGACGCGGAUUUGCCUGCUUACGUCCCGCCGGCCGAGCCGGUGUACAAGCCUGUGGAGGACGCAGUGGUGGCUCAGCGGCUGGAAAAGGCCAAGAGCGGUCAGGCUGGGGCCGAGGCCAGUUCGAGUGCUGGCGAUGGCGGCGACGGGGGAAGCUCAGGUGAUGGCGGGAGCGAGGGCAAAGACGGCAAGGAUGCCGAGAAGGGCGAUACUUGGACCAAGUUUGUGGGCUUUGUCGGCGCGAUGGCCAACUGGACCAUUCCGGCGGCCGCGAUUGCCCACAUUGUGGGUAACGAGGAUCCGACGAAGAUUGAUCCAAUGAUGACCUCUUCGCUUGUUGUCUACUCGCUGCUCUUUAUGCGCUGGUCGCUUGCCAUCUCGCCGCAGAACUACCCGCUCUUUGUCUGCCACGUCUCCAACGAGAUUGCCCAGCUGUACCAGCUGUUCCGCUACAACUCGGCCACUCGCGGAAGCAAGAGCGAGGGCGAGCUGGCCUGAUAAACGCUGUGGCACUUUGAA